AUGCUCGCCCGAGACCGCGAGCUCUUGUAUCUCUGCGGAGCGUCUUUCGUCGCCGUCUACGUUCUUUUACGGCUCGUGUUGCCGCGUUCGUCGCAGGUACCGCUCCUUGCCGGCGUGUUUGUGGCGACCAACAUGUUUUCGCGCACGGGCCUUUUCCAGCUGUUUUUGCAGCGGCUCGCCCAGAAAAAACUCGCGCCCGUGCCCGCGGCGGCCGGCAACGAGGCGUUUUGCGCGCUCGACGCCCCGUUGCAGCGCGAGCUUCUCACGGCGCUCCGCUCGUUGCGCCAGUACGCCGACCACUCGCGCGCCUCCAACGAUCGCCGCCGCCGCUUGUUCAGCAUGAUGCUGUGGCGGCAACAGAAAAUCUGCAACGACGCCGGCUACUCGGAAAAGCUCCGUGCCAUCGACUCGCACAUUGCGCUCAACCAAAAGUUUUUCGAUGCCUUGGGCGUUGCUGUGGCCCAGCACUACGGCAUUUCGUACCGCGACUAUGGCGCCUUGCAGUCCGGCAAGGGCCAAAAUACCUCGCUGUCGAACUACCGCGUGGUGGAAAGCUUGGGCCACUUUGUGCGCGACUGGACCGACGCCCGCGAGAUCGGCCCCAUUCUCGACUACGUCAGGGCCCAGUUGGACAAGAUCGUGCCGCCAGGCGAGGAAAAGGACACCGUCGUGGUGAUUCCGGGCGCAGGCUUGGGCCGCGUUGCCCACGAGGUGGCCUGCCAUCGUCCGUUUGCCGCAGUCCAUGCAGUGGAGUACAGUGGCUUGAUGCACGCAUGCCACCUAUACAUGUACCGAGACAAGCAGGCCACGGAAGAGAAUGCAGACACUGAAGAGAAAGAAAGUGCAAGCGACAGUGAAAACAAAAAGAGAGAAACUACGAGCGACAGUGAAAACAGAAAGAGAGAAAGUACUAGCGACAGUGAAAAGAGAAAGAGAGAAAGUACGAGCGAGAGUGAAAACGGAAAGAAAACUUCCAACGCCAGUGCACCCAGCUCAAUAUACCCCUACGUCCAUUCGUGCUCCAACUUUCUCUCGACAGAAGCCCAGCUCCGUCCGGUCGACCUUACGUUCGCAGCUCGCCCCGAAAAUCUCCACUUGUCGCUUGCUGACUUCCGCUACUUUUCCAUUCCAAAGCAGAGCUCCAUCAAAAAUGUGGUUGUGGUUUCGGUGUUUUUCUUGGACACGGCUGAAAACUUGAUCGACUACUUUGAUGCCAUCCAGCUGCUUACGCACCCACUGGGAUCUGUGCAAAAUGGAUACUGGAUUAAUGUGGGACCUCUCAAGUACGGCUCUGCGGCCCAGGCCGAGCUCAACGCAACAGAAAUAGCCCAUGUGCGCCGCUCCUUCUCCUGGAAAGAUUUGGAUGUCACAAAUUCCAUAGAGGAACCUUCAAAAUUCCCCAAUAAUGGCCUUGUGGGCUACAUCACCGACCUUCAAAGCUUGUGGCAGGGCUUUUACGGCUUGUCAAUGUGGACAAGUGCACAGACUAAAAACAAGAGGAAAAUUAAAGCCUAA